AUGAUGCGCGUGAAGAAGGCCCUGCCGGACGCGUCCAUCUUGAAGCGUAGAGACUACGAGGCCAAGCUCGAGAAGCUCGCCCGGGAUGAGAAGGAAAUGAAGCAGAAGGAGCGCAUGGCGCACUGGGAGGUGCGCACGGGGCAGCGCCAGCAGCGCACCCAGCACGCCAUGGCCGCAGAAGAGAUGCAGUGGCAGCGCGAGGAGGUGCUCGAGCGCCGGCGCCAGGCGCUCAAGGCCAAGUUCGAGCGGGAGGAGGCGCAGUACAAGCAGGAGAUGUGGUCGCUGAAGGAGUCGCCCGAGAUGCGGCGCGAGCGGCUCGCGCGGCGCGCGCGCGAGCUCGGGGAGCGGCGCGAGCGCAGCCGGCAGGCGAUGGCCGAGGAGCUGCUCGCGCGGGCGUUCCGCGACAGCUGCGACCCGCUGCGCGACCGCGACUCGCACACCAAGAUGAUGCGCGCGUAUACGGCGCGCGUGGAGCAGGUGGCGGAGGCGCAGGCGAAGGAGGAGGCGCGGAGGGCGGAGGAGGCGGCGUGGGCGGCGCAGUGGGAGGCGAACCGGCUCGAGAAGGAGGCGCGAUACCAGCGGGACAAGGAGGAGGAGCUUGAGCGCAACCGGUCGCAGCUGGGCGUGCUGGCGUCGCAGGUGGCGGAGCGCGUGCAGCUGCGCGACCGUGACCGCGACGAGCUGGACGCCGAGCGCCGCGCGAUGCACGAGGAGUGGGCGCGGCAGGAGCAGGCCGAGCGCGACCGCAUCGAGGCGCUGGCGGAGGCGAACCGGGAGCGCAUCCGCGACGUGCUGGAGUUCAACGCGGAGAAGCUGGCGCGCGACGCGGCGAUCCGGCAGGCGGAGGCGGACGAGGAGGAGCGGCUGCUGCGGGACGCGCUCGCGGCGGAGCGGGCCGCGGAGGCGCGGGAGAAGGCCGAGAAGGAGCGCAAGCGCAAGGAGACGCAGGCGUACCGGCGGGAGAUCGAGGAGCAGAUGGCGCAGGAGGCGGAGGACCUGCGCGAGGACGAGCUGCGCGCCGAGGCCGAGGCGGCGGCGAUCCGCGCCAAGGAGGACGCGGCACGGGCCAAGCUGGAGGCCGCGCGACAGGCGCUCAUGUCCGAGGUGCUCGCGGUGCGCCAGGACCAGGUCGACGAGCACCUCGCCGAGCAGCGCGCGGCCUACGAGGCCAAAAUGGCCGAACGGCAGCGGCUCGACGCGGAGAUGGACGAGCUCGCGGCGCGGGAGGGCGACGCGCGGUACCGGCAGCAGCUGUCGCGCCUGGCCAACCGGCUCGACCUGGAGGCGCAGGUCAACUUCAAGAAGGAGCGCAACGCGCUGGCGGCGGAGCUGGAGGCCGCGGCGCGCGCCCACGCGGUCAAGGCGGAGAAGGAGUACCUCGAGAUGGUCGAGAAGGUCAGCAAAGUGGAGCCCAACGUGUGGCACGGGCGGCGGGCGCACAAGUGGUUCUCGUGA